AUGUCAUCAAGCAAAACCAAUGCCCUAUUAUCAUGUCCCGCUGGGACCUAUAAUCCAAACCAAGGUUCCACGUCUUCUCAAGCUUGUAUCAAGUGUGCUAUUGGCUCAUAUAAUCAAUUUGCUGGGCGAUCCACCUGUGUCACAUGUGACAGCGGAGCCUAUUGUGAUACUGUCGGAGCAACUGGUCAACAAUAUUGUCCAGCUGGAACUUAUAAUCCAAACCGAGGUUCCACGUCUUCUAAAGCUUGUAUCAAGUGUCCUGUCGGUUCAUAUAAUCAAUUUGCUGGGCGAUCCGCAUGUGUCACAUGUGACAGCGGAGCCUAUUGUGAUACUGUUGGAGCAACUGGUCAACAAUAUUGUCCAGCCGGAACCUAUAAUCCAAACCAAGGUUCCACGUCUUCUAAAGCUUGCAUCAAGUGUCCUGCCGGUUCAUAUAAUCAACUUAGUGGACAAUCUUCAUGUUUUUCUGGGUAG